AUUGAUAAUUAUUAUAAUAAAUGCUGCUUACUGGGGUUAUAUAUAAACGCUUCAACUUUGAACAGUAGUGACUUAGUGUACUUGUGCAGCUAUAAGUGUGUACUACUAAAAGCCAUACCGGACACCGUUCACUGUACUUUGUACUUAGUUCAUUCUUCGUAUUUAAUAAUAAUAUUCUAUACCAGAGGUUCCCAAACUGUGGGUCGCGACCCAAAAGUGGGUCGCACUAUUUUUUAAAUUAAUACAAAAAUAUAAUCAUCUAUUACUUUUCGUUGAUGUUCAAAGUUCAAAUUCAGUUUUAUCGUCAAUCCUUAUCUUGCCCAGUAGAGAAAAUUUGUUGUAGAAGUAAUUGAAAACUCCAUGAAUACGUUAAAAUUCAAUAAUUUAAUCAACCUAUUGAAAACGAUAAGUAUUUUAAAUUUAAGAAGACAAAUGAGCGUUGAAAUAAAUCCUGAAUUGAAUAAUGAGCACAAUAUUGUAUGGUUUGACGGCGAGAUGACUGGAUUAGAUUACAAUCACCAUACCUUGAUCGAAGCAGCUAUAAUUAUAACCGAUAAAAAUUUAAAAGUUUUAGCUGAGAGUCCAAAUAUUGUUAUACAUCAAUCAGACAAAGUGUUAGAAAAUAUGGAAGAUUGGUCCAAAAAGCAUCAUAAAAUGAGUGGCUUGACUGAAAAUGUUAGAAAGAGCAAUAUAUCAAUAGAACAAGCUGAUCAAAUGUUAUAUGAGUUUAUUAAACCGUUUGCUCCUAAAGGCGUUUGUCCGUUAGCUGGUAAUUCCAUUUACUUGGAUAGAACUUUUAUUAGAAAAUAUAUGCCAAAACUUGAAAGUCAAUUAAGUUAUAGAUUAAUAGAUGUGUCUACUCUAAAAGAGUUGUUUAAACGUUGGAAACCCGAAUUAGCAAAUGAAGUUCCGAUCAAAGCAUGUAAGCAUAGAGCUCUUGAUGACAUUAGAGAAAGUGUUCAAGAACUCCAAUUUUACAAAAGCUGCUUAAAGUUAUAACUAAUAAUGGAGACAAAUGUAGUAAAUCCAGUUAACAAAACCAUAACAUACCAAUACUCAACAAAAUAAGCGUCACAUUAAAUUUAAAAAAAAAUAAUGCUAUAAAGUAUAAAUGCAUUGAAAUUCCAACCCCUCGUUGUAAUUUAUUAUUUAAAAUCUAUAAAUAAGAUUGAAUAAAGAUUUUUAAAGUUUUUC